AUGUCCCCCGUCCCCAAUGUCUCACUGAUACCUCAUUCUGAAGACACAUAUGAGAAAAUUCGCCACUAUGCUCAUUCCAUACUAUGGAUCGUUGGGAAGACUUUGGUGAUAUGCCACCCAGAGGACAUGUCCAAUCAGCCACCUCCGUCGCAUCAAUUAAUGGACAGUUGGUUGCAGGCAUUCGAGGAACUAGGUCAAUGGUAUCAUCUGCGCCCACUUGAAUUCCAGCCAAUGAUAGAGCUUGAAGGGAACGACCAGAUAUUCUAUCCGGAGGGUGGCUUUCCCCUCUUGUUGUUUGCAAAUGGAGCUGGCGUAUUUGGAAACCAGCUGUACCACACGGCCAUGCUAUUGUUGCUCCAGUCAAAACCUCGGACGGUCUUACUACACAACGCCCCCUCUCGAUUUUCUUCUCCGCUAUGGCACGCGCAACGCAUUUGUGGGAUUGCACUGAACAAUGACCGUCGCGAAUGCUGGGAUCCCUGCUUGCUGGCUUCUUUCCUUAUAGCUGCUAGACUUAUGACUCACGAAUCUCAGCAAAAGGAGAUUUUGCAUGGUUUUGAGCGUAUCAAAAUGGUGACCGGCUGGGAUGUUGGCGAGCAUUUGACACAUCUCCGGGAGGACUGGUCAUUUUCCGACGGAGCUUGA